GCAAGUCGCAUUGAGUGUAAAUACCUCCAUUGUCGUCCGAAAAAUAAGUAAAAGGGAAAUACUGUUGACUUUUGAUAAUGAGAUCUAGUCUAGACUGCAUGAAGAAAUAUUCUUCAUUAUGUUUACGAUGUCGGUGUAACGUCAACAUAUAAUGCAAUUGUAUUUACUCGGUUUAACGUAUCAAAGUGGAAACCGAAACAUAAACUAUCUUGGUAUGUAAUCCAAUGAUGCUUUAAUACAAAACACUGCAAAUGUGUUUACCAUAUGGAUUUCUCGCGUCAAUAAUGCGAGACGAGCAUUUAAUUUCGAAACAAAUCGAUGACAAGACACGGAAAGAGAAAACGCGAGGUAAAGAGCCCAUUUGACAUCCGUGCGUUGGUUGCCGCGCGAAAACAAGAAUUGAAGAAGUGCAUCGGUCGGCUUGAAAUAGCACGUGAGAAAGAUGGGAAUCGUGAAAACUAUCGAAGUUUGGAUCAUGCUGUUCACAACCUUGAUGUAUAACACGAGAGCAGAAACGGGUGGGACGAUCAUGGUUAGAUUGAUCGAAAUCAGUAAUCUCAAAGUUCGACAUGGUUUCGGUUGCCAGCUGGCCAUCUGGGUCACGUGUGAUGGUAUUCAGUCGAGCAGUAGAUGUUUGUACGGCAAAGGUAAAACGGGAAUUUUUCACACAGAAACACGCACAACUUUCGGCAACGAUUUAGGAAAUGGGACGAGGAAUCCGUUCGUGUUCAACUUCAGAACAUUUCAAGGAAAUCUGGGAAUCAACAUUCGAGCAAUAGGCAAGAAUGGAAUAACCAUGAACACAUUCCGAUUGCACAAACCAACCUAUCCAGCACCGUACGCAAAUAAAAAAUGGACGACUGAAACACUCAAAGCUGCUGGAGCGGGUCAAUCAAAACCUGAGAUCAAACUGAAAUAUCAAGUGUUUUGUAAACAACAUUUUUAUGGACCUUCCUGCACGGUUGGCUGUCUUCCCGGAGAGAAUUACGUCUGCGACAAAAGCAGCGGACGAAAGAUAUGUACCAAUGGUUACCUAGGGCCCAACUGCACGUGUAAACCAAAUUCGCUGUACAACUGCGACAGCAUGGGCACAAAAAUUUUCUACAGGCCGUACAGAGAGAACUGCGACGUUAAAUGCCGUGCAAGAAUUUCAAGUAGUGUCAGGGUGAAAGCGUCAUUUUCUCAAACAGAGUCACGUGUGCCGGGGAUGGCUUUAGAGACGUCGAAUGCUUUCAAUGCUACAACUGAGAUGGUAAAAUCUACCUCAGUGAACGAUGUUGAGUUGAAAACAAAGAUGAUAAUGACAUCAUUUCCUGUCACUAAGUCACGUGUACCGUCGUCGCUGACCCAAAGACCAGGUAUGACGACACCACAUCUAACAUUUGAAUCACUGAAGUCAGUGCUAACCACGUCAUCAUCAACUACCAAUCCCACUGGAUCAUUGGUAAAGACGUCAUCGAUGACGUCAUCACAAAUUAAGCCACUUGAUAUUUCCAUUUACUUAACAAAGCAAGAGGAAAUGCGUUUCGAAAGUGAAUAUCUCUCCCAGGCCACAACAUCAACAUUAAAGAGUAGAAGCGAUGAAACACACACGACCAUGGUCAAAUUACAGUCUUCGCCUGCGUCAAUUAAUAAUUUUUCUGGAAUCUUAACGACAAACAGCUUGCAUUCAAAUUGGAGGACUCCCAAGAUGACCACGUGUACCGUAGAAAGCAUAAGCGAUCAAAUGUAUACAACAGAAGAUAAAUUGGGACAUUUUUCCGUGUUGAGUCAGAAUGUUAAUUCGACCGUCGUCAAGGCAGAAGCAGGAAUUUCAAAUACAAACAGCUCAGUAGCAAAAUGGAAAAAGGGCCGAAACAAGACAAUGCACGCAAUAGGGGACAAAAGGAAACAAACAUAUACAAAAGAGGAUAUUUUAGAGUAUUCUUCAGGGUUGAGUCAAAUCACUAAUAUGACCGUGGUCAAGACAGGAGAAGCAACUGCUUACAAUUUACAAAAAAAAUUUACAAAAAAUGGCGCAUUCCUUUCCUCUUACUACCGCAGUAUGACGUCACAAUCAACGUCAUCAUCGUUUACACAGACGGAAGGGGAAUGCUGUGAACCGGAAAUCAAACCGACCACACGUGACACGACAUUCAGGGCCGGAUUGGUCAAUGAGAGAACAGGAAUAAUUACAAAGUGGAUGGUAUUAACACCUUUGAUCGCCGUUGUUCUGCUAUGUAUCUUCAUAAUCGUUGUUUUUAGGAAGAAAAAAAGAAGAAAAAGCAACCAAAUUUCUCCUGAAUGCAAUACCAAAGGACAAGAGUUGAAGCAAACAAUUGAAAACAGCAAAGACUGGUGCCAAGAACGGAAACAACCGUUUAAAGUUGAAUAUUCAAAACAAAAUAACAAUCGCUACGGAGAUGAUGACUUCAAUAAAGUUUGGAAAAACAUUCAGUCGCAACAUGAGUGAACUGGCCCUUAACUCUAUGGUCAUUUGUUGGCGAUGCUUUAUAUCCUAAUGUACUCAACUAUAAUGUAAUGUACUCAAUCAUAAUGUAAUGUACUUAACCAUAAUGUAAUGUACUCAACCAUAAUGUAAUGUACUCAACCAUAAUGUAAUAUACUCAACCAUAAUGUAAUGUACUCAACCAUAAUGUAAUGUACUCAACCAUAAUGUAAUGUACUCAACCAUAAUGUAAUGUACUUAACCAUAAUGUAAUGUACUUAACCAUAAUGUAAUGUACUCAACCAUAAUGUAAUGUACUUAACCAUAAUGUAAUGUACUCAACCAUAAUGUAAUGUACUCAACCAUAAUGUAAUGUACUCAACCAUAAUGUAAUGUACUCAACCAUAAUGUAAUGUACUUAACCAUGGAAUACCCUCAAGUACCAGACUGGGGUGUGCAAUUUUUUGCUAAGAGCAUGAAAUUUUGAAAAAGUAUGAUAUGUUAUAGAAAAUAUAGUGAAAAUUUGCAUUUCUGGCACACAAAAACCAACAAAAAUGAAAGGCAGGCGUGCAAAAAUUUCUAUAAAAUUUGAUCUCAGGUGCGCAGGUUUUCAAACCUUCCAGUCUGGCUCAAGUGUAAUGUAAUGUACCCAACUAUAAUGUAAUGUACUAUAACUAACUUACAUACUAAGAAUCCAUUCCAUUUUGAUUUAAGAUGCGCCAUCAUUCACUUUGUAUCAUCUUUCUUGUAUUCACUUGUCUUCUCGAAAAGUUUAUUUGCUAACCCACGUACAUCCGGAAUCUAGAAUAGAAAAAUUAUAUCAUGUUAAUGACUACACUCCAUCUUCUAUAUUGUUGAUAAACAUGUAGAAAUGUAAAUGACAUCUGUAUAUGACUACAUAAAGACAACUCUUAUAGUAUAGUGUAUAAUACAAGAUGAUUAAAAUAUAUUCGCCACCUUA